AUGGAGGCGCUGAGCGGGCGGGUCGGCGUCAAGUGCGGGCGGUGGAACCCUACGGCGGAGCAGGUGAAGGUCCUGACGGAGCUCUUCUGCGCGGGGCUGCGCACGCCCAGCACGGAGCAGAUCCAGCGCAUCUCCACCCACCUCAGCGCCUUCGGCAAGGUGGAGAGCAAGAACGUCUUCUACUGGUUCCAGAACCACAAGGCCCGCGAGCGCCACCACCACAAGAAGCGCCGCCGCGGCGCGUGCUCCCCCGACAGCGGCAGCGGCAGCAACGAGGAAGACGGCCGUGCUGCCGCCUCGCAAGACGCCGAGGCCGACCUCGUGCUGCAGCCGCCAGAGAGCAAGCGGGAGGCCAGAAGCUACGGCCACCAUCACCGGCUCGCCGUGACAUGCUACGUCAGGGACGUGGUGGAGCAGCAGGAGGCGAUGUGGGAGCGGCCGACGAGGGAGGUGGAGACGCUGGAGCUCUUCCCCCUCAAGUCGUACGUCGACCUCGAGGCGGCGGAGAAGGUGGGCCGGUACGUCAGGGGCAGCGCCCCCAGGGAGCAGUGCAGGGAGUUCUCCUUCUUCGACGUCUCCGCCGGCGGCCGGGAUCCGCCGCUUGAGCUCAGGCUCUGCAGCUUCGGUCCCUAG